AUGACCCCUCGUGAGCAGGAGAUGUUGCAGAGCAGGUUCUCCAAGGUGGUGGACGUCCUAGAGGAAGAGUUAGAGGGGACCCGAGCUGAAUGGCGGAGCACCACAGUCAUCGUGAGGAGCUUGGGGAGGAAUAUUCUGGUAGACUGUGUAGUAAAGGAAAUCAAGCGAGUGGGACGCUUGGAUUACAAUGUGGAGUGCUUCCCGUUUAUGGAUGGUUUUAUUGCGGUCCGGUUUGCCAAGGAGGAAGAUCGCGAGGCCGCACUGAUGAAUGGCCCAUGGAUGGUGGCCGGACAACUCCUGGCAAUGGAUCGAUGGAGGCCUAACUUUAUUCCUGGUGUAAGGGGUGUCGACAGGGUGGUCGUUUGGCUUCGCUUGGUCUACUGGAGGAAGGAGACUAUCCUUAGAAUAGCCGCAAGAGCUAGUAACCCCUUGGCCUUGGAUGGAUUUACGAAGCAGGGGCAGCGAUAUGGCUUCGCCAGGGUGAAGAUAGAGCUGGAUUGUUCAAGCCCUCUCAAGCCGGGUACACUGGUGAGGGGGAGAUCAGGAGGUGUCGAGGAGCCUUUCUGGCAAGGUUUCAUCUACGAAAAUCUACUUGCUCCCUGUUCCAAGUGUGGUCGGAUAGGGCACUCGACGCCGAAGUGUGUCUGCUCCUCUCCGAUGGAUGGUGUGGCGAAGACGGCAGAGAUGCAAGGGAAAGGGAAGGUAGCUAUAGAGUCGGACUCCCUGGAGGACGGUGCGCAGAAGAACGGGGAAGGUGUUGCAUUGGAGGAGAUUCAGCGCCCUGUGACAGAGCUGAGCUCCGGAAAGCAGGUUGCGGGGGAAUCAAGCAAUAUUGGAGAAUCAAGGAACAUUGGAAGGGUUGAUGACAUAAGGAUGGAGCUAUAUGGUGGGCAGAUGGGGGGUACUGUGGUAGCAGCUGAAGAUAUAGUGGACUCCACGUGCCACUUGGCACAGACUGAACGUGGAGGGGAUCAUCACCGUAUCCUGGUUCAAAUGAUGGCAGCAGUGAAGGGGUGA